AAUUUUCAAGGUGGCAGUCAACUUCGAGAGAUAUGCUCUCAGUUAUAGCAAGCACCACCUGAUUAGGAUGAGGUCUUUAGAAGUGAUAAAAAGCCGCAAAAUGGUACUGGUUUUUAAAAAAGCCCACCGACAAAGUGCCAAUGACUUCUAUUUCGGAGAACAAGAAUUGCAAGCGAGCAUGAAAGUUUCCUCAGCAAAUUUUGCGAACAAUGUGUCGCUGGUUGUUGGGAUUGUGUACACGGAUCUCCACGAAGUACUACUCACAGAUCAACCCAUCAGGGAUAAAACAGGAAAAGAAAGGUAUUUGGACUCCAGGAUAAUAGCUGUAGCUAUGGAUCCAAAACCGGAAGCAUUGCAAGAAAAUGUCAUCCUCAAGUUCAGAAAUCUCAGGGCUGAUGAAGGAGAGAAGAAAUGCGUGUUUUGGAGUAGCUUCAGUGAAAGCUCAGACGGAUAUUCAGAGAGAGGAUGUCACGUUGUAAAAUCGAAAAAACACUUCCCAGACACAGUUUGCAGCUGCAAUCAUUUGACCCAUUUUGCCGUUUUAGUCGAUUACAACGGUAGCCCUAAGCUCACCGAGAAGGACACAACCAUACUGGAAAUUAUCACUUACGUAGGAUUAAGCCUUUCCACGACGGGGAUACUUUUGACACUUAUAGCCUAUUACUUCCUCACUGAUGUUGAUCAACCUCUGUCUCAAAUACGUUUGAAUCUCUCUGUGGCCAUCGGAGCUGGACAAAUAAUCUUUCUCGCCGGGAUAAACUCCACGAGAGACACGACUGCUUGUGUCGCAGUAGCAGCUCUGACGCAGUAUUUCCUAAUGGCUGCUUUCUGUUGGAUGCUGAUCGAGGCAAUUUAUCUCUAUCUGCUUGUUGUGAAAGUUUACAACAUCACCGAAAAGAUGCACAUGUUUCACGUCAUCUCAUGGGGUUUACCCAUCAUCAUGGUCGGUAUUUCAUUAAGCAUCGCUGCUGGAAAAGAGGAAAUUCAAAGCUAUACCAGUGAUAAAUACUGUUGGCUGUCCUCCGCUGACAACCUGAUCUGGAUAUUCAUCGCAUUUGUGGCGUUCAUUGAAGGUCUUAACAUUUCGAUACUGGUCCGAGUCAUAAAGGAGAUGACCAAACUUGUACAACCUAUAGAAGAAGCCAACCAUAUUCAGCAAAUACGACUUGGCGUAAGAACAUGCCUAGUGAUGUUUCCACUGCUGGGCGUUACGUGGCUAUUUGGUCUUUUUUUACCAUUACACAAAGCUUUCGCCUACAUUUUCACCAUCUUCAAUUCUACGCAGGGUUUCCUGAUUUUCGCCCUUCACUGCUUGCGAAACAGCCAGAUUAGAGAGCGAUUGAAAAGGAAGAUGAACACCAUUUUCCCAGCUACUGUGGAUCAUGGAAAGAAAACCUCAAAAAUUGAUCCAAAUGAUGCCGGCGAUAUGUGGGCAGUUGAAUUGCAGUCUUUCAAUGAGUAGCUCUUUAUUUGGAAAAAAGAAACGAUUCAAUCGACUUUUGGGAAUACGCAGUCACUUAGUAUGAUAGAGCUGACGACGGUAGAUCGAUGUUCAAUCUCGAUGCGUUAGUUAAGUUAAGUCGUUCUGGUUCACAUCGUUAGUCAUUAAUUAUAAUGAUGUCAUGAAAACUUAAGUCGUCCUUAUAGUGCAGGGAGGUGUUGAGAUAAGUUAACAUUUAGAAGAGCAGCGAAUGGCACUCGAAAAAUCGUGAGUCUUGUACGAUCAUGAAAUCUCGCCUCAAAGUCUCGCGUCUGUUUUUAUGGCCGAGAGUCUCUUUGAAAGGUGGCUAAAGCAGCUUGAAGCCAACGCCACAAGCGACAAAAGUCAGUCCGCGGGCCUUAGCUUAAAUAGAAUCCGACAUAAUGCUAUGAAUAAUGCUACAUUAAGUUAUAAUAAAUGAAUAAUUAUGAUGUUUGUCUUUUAUCUUCAGCACUCGUGAAAAGCAUAUUUUGGCUAAAAAUGAAAAAUUUGGAUCCACCCAUGUGCCUCAUCAUUUGACAUAAACUAACGCAUUUUCAUUUUUUUUCCUUUAUUUAUUUAGUAGUUGUGUGCCAAAGGCUAUGUCGUAGAUAAAUUCAAAUUGAAUGUGAAUCAAAAUAAUUCAUGACCAAAAGACUAAUGAACAAAUAAACAAAUAUGUAACAGAUACGACGUCAAUCUGCAGUUCAGAUCUAUUUUAAACUUUAUUCAUUUGUUAGUAUCUUAUUGCGUAUUUUUCAUGCCUCGUGUCAAGAAAGUGGUAUAUAUCUAAGAGUAAUAAAUGUCAAAAGAACUCUGGAUGCAUAUGAACGGAAUACUAACGAUAAAAAGUGGUUCGAAUUAUAUUCCGCAAUGAGUGUCCUGAGUCAGUAUAUCAGAUCCAGCGCAUCGUUAUGAAUGUUGAAUAUUCUACUGUCCCGUUCAUCCGGAAAAAUCAUUUCUAAGAUGAAUGAUGAUAA